AUGCGUGAAUGCAUCAGUAUCCACAUUGGACAGGCCGGCGUCCAAAUUGGCAAUGCAUGCUGGGAAUUGUAUUGCUUGGAGCACGGCAUCCAGCAAAAUGGCCAAGUGCCAGAUUUAAAAACACAGUCGAACGGCGAUGACUCUUUCAACACUUUCUUCAGCGAGACCGGUGGUGGAAAACACGUUCCUCGGGCAGUGUUUGUUGAUCUGGAACCAACCGUCAUUGAUGAAGUGCGUACCGGUCCCUAUCGCCAGCUUUUCCAUCCAGAACAACUUAUCAGCGGCAAAGAAGAUGCCGCUAACAACUAUGCCCGGGGACAUUACACUAUAGGGAAAGAGAUUAUUGAUUUGGUACUUGAUCGAAUCCGUAAACUUACUGAUCAGUGUAUUGGUCUGCAAGGAUUCCUGGUCUUCCACAGUUUUGGUGGCGGCACUGGCUCUGGCUUUACAUCUCUGCUUAUGGAACGCCUGAGCGUUGAUUUUGGCAAGAAGUCCAAGCUUGAAUUUUCCGUCUAUCCCGCUCCUCAGGUCUCCACGGCUGUAGUCGAGCCAUACAACUCUAUUCUCACUACCCACACUACAUUGGAGCACUCUGACUGUGCUUUCAUGGUAGACAACGAAGCUAUUUACGAUAUUUGCCGCAGGAAUCUGGACAUAGAACGUCCAAGCUAUACUAAUUUGAACAGGUUAAUUGCUCAAGUGGUCAGUUCUAUAACGGCCUCGCUUCGUUUCGACGGCGCCUUGAAUGUAGAUUUAACUGAAUUCCAAACCAAUCUUGUCCCUUAUCCGCGUAUCCACUUCCCCUUGGUUACAUAUUCCCCGAUCAUUUCUGCUGAAAAAGCUUACCAUGAAUCUCUGUCUGUGUCAGAAAUCACCAAUGCUUGUUUCGAACCCGCUAACCAAAUGGUCAAAUGCGACCCACGCAAUGGGAAAUAUAUGGCAUGCUGUAUGCUCUACCGCGGAGAUGUCGUACCAAAGGAUGUGAAUCAAGCAAUAGCCACCAUCAAAACAAAACGUUCAAUUCAGUUCGUAGACUGGUGCCCCACCGGUUUCAAAGUCGGCAUCAAUUACCAGCCCCCAACAGUGAUUCCAGGGGGAGAUUUAGCCACCGUCCAGAGAGCCGUCUGCAUGUUGAGCAACACAACUGCCAUAGCUGAAGCGUGGGCAAGGUUAGACUAUAAGUUUGAUCUCAUGUACGCUAAGCGAGCCUUUGUGCAUUGGUACGUUGGAGAAGGCAUGGAAGAAGGCGAAUUUGCUGAAGCUCGGGAAGAUUUAGCAGCCCUCGAGAAGGAUUAUGAAGAGGUUGGUGGUGAUUCUGAUGAAGGUGGAGCGGAGGAUGAAUACGAAGAAUAUUGA